GUAUUUAUAUGUAUAUAACAUUGCAGAUAGGUUUUUCUGUUUAUUUGCGGCGAAUUGUUGAAAUAGGAUACAGUGCAAAAUGCUUGUAAUAUUUUCAUUUCUCUUAUUUGUUUUGGUUUCCAACGCGGAAUUACUAACAGAAGAGCGACAUCGUGAAACUGUACUUAAACCAAUAUCAGCAUGCUGCGAUAUACCAGAAUUAGGCGACGUCAAGCCGCUUGCUGAAUGUUCCAAACUAGAUGGACCGUGCAACGAAAUACAAUGUGCUUUCGAGAAAUCGGGAUUUCUAGUCGACAAAAACAAAUUAAACAAGGAAGCAUACAAGAAACACCUCUUAAAGUGGUUAGAGUCCCAUGAAGGAUGGCAAAUCGCUAUAGAGAAAGCUAUCGCUGACUGCGUGGAUAGGGAUAUACGACAAUACCUGGAUUAUCCUUGUAAGGCGUAUGAUGUGUUUACAUGUACUGGAAUUGCCAUGUUAAAGAAAUGUCCGAAAGAAUUUUGGAAGUGUUAAGAGGAAACAAAGCUUCACAUAUUGUUAAUUAUUAUUAUAACUGAGUAAUAAAAGUAUAUUCCAUAUCAA